AUGCCCUCCGACGUCUUUCGCCCCCGUCUGCCCAUCGACCCCUUUGCGAAUAUACAGCAUAACACUCCAUGGCGGAUUCCCGCAGAUCUCCAGCCCUCCCCGCCCCAGGUCAUCUUCAUCCUCGGAGAGCCCACCCCCACUGACCUCGCCCCACUCCUCAACUCGCCGCUGCUGGCCACCUCACUCGUGCUCAUCGCCACACACACCCCUGUCCCGCUGCCCCCUGAUGCCCAACACCGCGGCCCCGCGAUCCGCAUCCUCCGCCUCGCCGCACCGCUACACGUGCAUGACACCGGUGCCCUGCGCCUCGUCGGGCUCUUCGAGCGUGCCCAGCGCGUAGCAGCCGCCUGGCGCAACACCCUCUCCCCACCCCGCAUCCUCCACCUCGCCGAGGACCCCAUGGGCGAGUUCACCCCCACCGCCCCGCCAGACGCCGAGGGCAGGUACCCCUCGCCCGCCCCGUCCAUCUCCUCUGCGAAGCGCACCACGGCCGAGGCGAUCAAGAACCGCCUCUCAUUGCUCUCCGAGUCUCUCUCCCUCUCGCUGCCUGGAUCCACCGCGUCCUCGCGCAGGAACAGCGUCGUGUCCAUCGCCUCGUCCGAAUCGAACAGUACAACCUCAUCCCAAAACGGCCGUCCGCGCUCCAUAAUGGCCGCAACCCUCUCCCAGCUGACCCAGUCCCUGGCGAACUACACCACCACCCCAGCGAGCGUCCCCGCCUCGGCGUCCGCCGCACAGCAGCGCGCAUUCGACGCCAUCGUCAACUUCCUCCCAGGCGGCAACGUGCCUGAAAAGGCGCUCUUCAAGCACGCCAUCUUGCUCACCACUCUCAGCGCACAGUACCUCGCCCUCCCACACGGCGCCGCACCCGAGUCGGGCGCCGCAUACCACUACCAGCGCCGCGGGUCUGUACCCGCACCUGUCCACUCCAUAUCGUCCGCAACGCCACCUAGACUGUCCCUCAGCCAUCUCCCCGCGGACUCCGCGCCACCCACACGCACCUCGUCCUCGUGUUCGCUAUCCGCAUCAGCAUCAGGCUCAACCUCUGCUUCUCUCGCAGCUCCCCCCAAAGCGCAGAUCAGCACCACCGCGCGACAGCGGCACCAUCACCGCCGCUUCUCCUCUUUCGUACUAGGCUCGUCCUCAUCCUCUUCUUCUCAUAAUUCUACGUCCAUUUCCAUUCCGGACGCCACCGCCUUUGCCUCGCCUUCCCACUCCCCCUCGCACUCCCCGCUAUCAACGCCCCCGUCAGAAAACGACGAUUCGCGCGCGUCAACGCCAGCUCUCCCAAGUCUCGCAUCAACAGCACUCACCACACCCGCGCGCGAGCUCUCAUCCGAAGACCUCACACUCACACUCGCGCUAGCGGACGACUACAAAGCCCAGCCGUCGUCUGCUAAAAUGACGCGCCGCCGCAGUCUUUCGAAGCGCAUUUCGACGCUUUUUGCGGCUGUUACUGCGCGCCCGGCGUCUGUCGCUGGGACGUUGUCGUUGUCGGGCUUUGGUGCUGGGACGGGGACGGGGACGGGGGCAACGGCGGAUUUGGAUGUGGAGAUGGAGAUGGGUGUUGUGAGACGGGAUACCGCCACGCGUCGGAGACACUCUCAGCAGCAGCACCAGGGAACGCGAACGAGGACGCGAACGAGGACACGACCGCAAAACGCGCAUAUCGUGCACGUGCUCGCGGCGGACUGGCGUCCUGCGCCAUGCGCACCUGCAACGUCGCCGCUCGCCACAUCAUCUACGUCUUCGUCUUCGUCGUCGCUUUGCACGUCGUUGCCGCCGCAUGGGAGGGGGAGGGCUUAUACGAAUCCUUAUCCGUCGUCGGGUAGUGGACACGGUGCGAAUGGGAGGGGGAAUGCGAAUGGACAUGGACAUGGGGGUGUGAAUGGGAAUGCGAAGAAACCGAGGCUUGUGCAGGGAAUCGAGCAGUUCCUAUUAAGCUUCGCGUACCCCGUCUCUCCAUCCUCUUCCUCUUCCUCUUCCUCCUCCCCAUCUUCCUCGCCCUCGCACUCUAGAUCCUCGUCAUCACUAUCCGCAUCCGCAUCAUCCCCCUCUCACUCUCACUCGAACUCGAGACCACAAACCCGACGCGGCCCCGCCUCAGGCCCGCCCUCGUCGUUCAGACAGGGUAUAAACAGCAUCAACACGCGCCCCGUCUCAUGGGGCGCACCCCCCGCACCGCAUAUGCCGCCGCAUAUGGCUAUGCACAUGCCCAUGCCUGGACAGGGGCAGGGCCAUCUCUCCAGCUUGCUUAGCCAGGGGAUGGGGGGAGGAGCAGGAUGGGGAGAGGGAGGAGGGGGAGGGGAGAUGGGGAGGAUGCAGGGGAGAGCGGUGCCGUAUCUUGUUGCGCCGGGUAUGUUUGGGAGGGUGUUGAGUCGGAGUGGCGAUGAGAAGGGGAAGGGCAAGGAGGUGGAUGUGGAGGGGAGACAGAGGAGGAGUUGGUUGGGUAUGUUCGAUGACGACGACGAUGACCAAAUCAAUGCCAACAACGACGACGAGGAGGAUGAGGAGGAGAACAUCGACGACCCCGACGCUCAAGUGCACCCGCGCACAAUAACCCGCACGCGCACGCGCAAACGCCGUAUCCACCGCGCGCGCUUUCCUACACUCGGCGAGGCGGUGCUGCUAGGCGCGUUAGACCUCGACGCUGAUUUCUCGUAUUCUUCCUACCAUACCAGUGGCGCUGUGGAGGAGGUAGACGACCACGUACGCGCUGCGCUGGGGAAUCUAAAUGGUACUCGUGCGUUGAAACAAGGGAGAAAGUGGGAUAAUAGCGAUGCGGUUGGGUGUGGGCGUGCGUGGGUUGGGCCGGGGGAUGUGGAGGUUGUUGGUGUGCCGCCGGUUGUGCCUGUUGGAUCGGUGUCGGUGGUGGGUGGUGUUGGUGGAGAGGAAGGUGAGGAGGAAGAGGUGGUGGAGGAGGUUGUGGAGGUUGUGAGGAGGCGGACGACGGUGCGGAGGAAGGGGGCUGUCGCUACUGUGACUGCAGGUGAAGCGAAGGCAACGGCGGGCACGAAUGCGAAUGCGAAAGUUAGCGCUCCCGUUGACGUCCAUGGGAGCACCGACGUGUCCACAACCAAGGAAAAUGAAACGCAGAAUGAGAAAGACCAGGAAAAGGAGAAGGAAGUGGAAGCUGAACCGGUCGUUUUGGAUCUCGGGCUACUUACCCCGCCGCGAAGCCAGCGCUCGAGCACGAGUACGAGUACGAGCGCGUGUUCAGGGUCCGGGUCGAAUUCGGGUUCGAGCCAUGAAGCGGAUGUGAGCGCUGCGCAUAGCGUUGAAGGCGCACCGUGCGUGGAUAGGGAUGGGGAGAAGGAGGGACUUACGAGGUCGAAUUCGAGUGUGUCGCGCUUGUCAAUGGGCUCGCCUGUUGAUUCUUCGCAUUCCCAUUCGUCUUCCCAUGCCCAUGCCCAUGUGCAUAUGAAUACGCAGUCUCAAUGCAACAACGGCUCUCGCUCGGAAUCGGAAUUGGCGUCGAGCUCGGCGGGCGUGUCGCAGGUUGAACUGCAGGUGCACGCGCAGGAUGAGAGGGUGGUGGUGUCGAUGACGAGUGCGCGCGCGAGUGUGAUUGCUGUGCCGCCCCGCGUGGUGGUUGUUUCUUCUUCUUCUCCUUCUUCUCCUUCUUCUUCGCCUGCGGAGGCGUCUACUACUGCGACAGCAACAACCGCAACGACGGCAGAAACGACCACGAAGACAGCAACACCGACAUCGCUAGUCCGGACCCCCUCCUCCGCAGCAGCACGCACGCCGUCCGUCGAAGCACUCGAAAAGAGGUUGUUGAGCGCCGGGAACGAUGCGGGUGUGGGGAGCGCGUGGGUUGCGAAGGCUACGGGGCCUCCUCCUCCUUCUCCUGGUGUAGGUGUGGGUGAUGAGAGUGAGAAGAACACCGCGUCGUCGUCGGGUAUCGCGGUCCCGGUGACUAUCGUGUCCGGGCCGGCGGACUCCGGUGCACGCGCUGUCGACUUGUUGGGCGCUAAUCCUUCCCCAUCCCAUAACCAAAAGCAAGGCCAAGACCAAAACCAAGACCCAAACUCACUCACAGUCCCAACCGACACGAUCACACCCUCGCGCAGCUCGUCGUUGCGCUCGCGGUUGAGCGUGAAGAUUGGGAAGGCGAGGAUGGGGCUGAAUGCGGGGCUGAAUACGGUUAGUAGUGUUACGGCGACGGUGGUGAGGCCGGCUGGGUUGGUGCGUGAGCAGACGAAGGCUGGGACUGGGAUGGGGAUGGGGAUGGUUGUGCUUGGGCGUAAGGGGAAGGGGAAGGGCAAGGGCAAGGGGAAAGAGGUGGAUGGGGAUGGGGAUGUGGUGGGUGAGAGCGAGAGUGAAGUUGAAGCUGAAGGCGCAAGUACAGGUGUAGGGAAGCGGGAGACGGUGAAGGUGAAGGAGAGGGAGAGGGUGGGUAGAAGGGACAGUUUGAAAGUUGGUGUGCUGGUUGGGAGCGCGUUGAGGCGCGUGCAGGCUGUUGGCGGGGGUACAGGCAAGGAGACGGGCAAGAAGGAUGCAGCGGCGGUGGUGUGA